CUUUUGUCUGACUGGCUUCGAUCAGUUUGUACAGUAGAUAUAUUUUGCCUGUAUGUCUACAAGUUAAAUAAGCUAUCAUAUAGCAAUGAGCAUUGCAUAUUCAUUGUAAUGAUUAAAAAAUGACAUGAGGUGAGGUGUUGCCGCAGCCUGGGAUUUAAGUGCCUCGGUGCAGUCACAUUUAAAUCCAUGGCUUGUGAACUUAAUCCUCAAUUAACAGCUGUCUUUUACAGUCGAGGUCAUGGCCUCCUCUGUUUUCAAACACCCUGGCUCCCCAGAAUCACAGUAGCCUCAUUAGGAAAGAAAACAUGGGCAGAUGCGUUGGGAAAACUUCAAUCACCUUUUGACUUCGAACGUCUGCCUAGCAAGAGAGAAACAACACUCCAGCAAUCAAAAUGUUGCGCUUUUCUUCUUCAUUCGAGGCAAGGCUGUGGAAUGCUGUACUGGGUGACUAAAGUCAUUGGUUGCGUGACGUGGCACCGCCCACUGACCCUCAGCACAGACGCCUAGUCACACAGAAGUUCACCCCCCACCCUUCCCGCCUGUGUCUGUGUGUCCGUCUGGGCCAAUGGCGUCGUGGUUUGGCUGGGGGACCGAGCCGCAGUACCGGAGCCAACGACGGGAGCCCUCUGAGGUGGUGACGGACACUCUGAUGCUGGAGCUCAGCUGGCAGAGGAAGGAGGCUGAGCGGCUGCAGCGCGAGCGUGACAGCGAGUACCGGCGCCUCAAGACCGGGGUGGACUACAGUUGGCUGGUCAGCACGCCACGCACCGGCUUCGACAUCAGCCCCGGCGAGAGGCUCGGCCUCGAGGACCUCUGCUCCAAGGUGCCUCCAGCUCACUGUGGCGCCGUCAUACUCAGGUUCCGGCAGAUUCUGGAGGAGAACGAGCCAGAGGUUCAGGAGGUGUCGGGCCUGUUCCGCUCGGUUCUGCUGGAGUCGCUGGAGCGCAUCCGCGAGGAGGAUGAGGCGCUGCGCCUCUCAGACCAGUGGAACAACCGGCGCGCCGUCAGCAUGUCCCUGAUCAACUUCCGCAGCCGCGUCCGCAUCAACCCGUUUGGGAGCACCACACGUCUCACCUCGACCGCCAAUGGAGCCCUCGGCGACCCCUACGAGUCAGAGGUUAAGACUGUGUCCAAGGAUGUGGAGAGAGGGCUCGCAGCAGUGCCAGGGAUGCGGGCAGGGGGAUCCGGAAGGACCCCUCGCGUCUGCAGCAUGCCUGAUUUCAGGCGCCAGGGCAUAAAUGGUCAUGUCGGGUGAUGGAAGUAAAGUGGAAAGAGAGGGAGAGUGUGUGGGGGGGGGGAGAUAGCGUAUGACUGAGUAUUUGAGAUGAAACUGGAAUUGAAGUAUGGAAGUACUGAGGUAUGGAACUGUGAAUGUCAGAAAUCUCAACUCGUGGUUCCUACUUGAAAUGUGUGGGUAGAGAGCAAUAAGGACUUUAAGUACCUCGCCCCUCUUUUUAUUUUGGUGGCAGUAUCACAACCACCAAUCCAAUACAUAAGCCUAACCCUAGCCAUUAACACAUCUACUGUACAAUAGUCAUGUUGGAGAGCUAUGAUGAAUGUAGCCCCCCAUUUUUCAAGAGAUUAUAAGGUAAUACAGGUUUUUUUGAGUCUGAAAUCAAUGAGCAGGAAUUAAAAAUCUCAAUAUUACUUUGCAUUGCUUAAACCCAUAGUUCGUGCAGGAUGCAAAUCAAGGUGUCCAUCUGUUAUGUGGUUGAAGUCAAGAUCCACCAUUGAGUGCAUCAGCCAACUGACAGAACUGUGCAAUUUGUGAAAGCCAGGUGACUGAGGCAAUUUACUGUGGUGGAGUUAGACCUCCUGACCUGACCAGCGAGUUUCAAUCUCUGCCUAACAAUUUUCAGGUGUUACAUAAAUGAUGUUUUCACAGCAGAAAAUGUUCCUGUAGCUCAUGGUUCUAAGGUGCUAACUACUUCAAGGUCAUCUCAUUCUUGGGUACAUGCGUAGUUCAAUGUGUAAUCAUUAAAAAAGUAACACUUUGGACAAAAGCAUCCACUGAAUAAGUGUCAAUAUAAGGGUCAAUUCAAUGUAAUGCUGGUAUUUAUAAUGGCUGUGACUUUUUCAGAUUGGAAGAAACCUUAAACUUUGUACAAAUCGUUGCCUGCCUACUUGCAAUAUAUAAAUGUAGAAUACGUUGUGCUUGUUCUUGUUUGUUGCACAUCUAUGUGUUUGCUUUUCCUGUGAGAUUUGAAGUGUUUGGGACAUCAUUUGUUCUUUAAUCAUACCCACUCGUCUCUAAAGUGUUUGGAGAGUAUGUAAUACUUCCUCUGGCGAUUUUAAGAAACUAAACAUUUGAAAAUAAAAUGUGAACUUGGACAAACCAUGCAUUUGCCCCCAGAACAAGAUUACAUUGUUCCUAAAGUUACUGAAAUGGCAUUUAAAGACAGUACAGCUACUUUCAUUUUGCUGGCAGGGAAUGAGACUGAUUGAAACUGUGCUCUUUGGGGUCUUCAUGCUCCAGAGGCCUGCAUUAUCAGUAAUAACGCACACAAUGUACUGUAAAUAAAUAAAAUAAUUGUACACUCAA